UUUGUUACACUGCUGUUUCCGCACCCUGCAAGUCACUAUCCCCCCUGGGUACGCUUGGAGAGAACAUCCCUACGACAUACCGUGAACCCGGCUGCUCCCACAGCAACGGCAGCGGUAUUAACGUAACCGCAAUAGCAACAGCAAAGUCAAUGUGCCACCACAUCUCCUGCUAACAACCUAAACGAGGACAAGCAGCAGGCUAACCACGACGAUAAACAGCAGCAGGGCCGUGUAAGAACCCCAUGGGAAACACCUCGGCGUCCCAGAAGGACAGCUCUGUGAAUGCGCCGCGGGCGGCGAAAGACCUCGACGACCUGCUCCCUGCCUUGCGCGAGAGGUUCGAGGACCUCGCGGGGAUCCCGGCAUCGGAAGCACCACAACAACCGCCACGAGGCGCGGCAGUGGCGACAACAGCUUCGGAGUGCCACGUCCGGCAACAGCAGCAGCAGCAGGAGAAGGAAGAGGAGGAGUGCUUCGUCUUUUUCGACGACUGGUGGUAUUUGCCGGGGCCGAGGGGUGCGGAGGUGGCGAAGAGGCUGUACGGCGUGCUGGACGCCAACGGGGACGGCAGGUUAAGCUUCGAGGAGUUCGCCAGCGCGGCAUGUCUUCUCAAGGGCUCUCCACACCAGACCAAGCUCGAACUCCUCUUCAGGAUGUACGGAGACGCUAGCAGAGGCGGGCUCGUCGGUAGGGAAGGGCUGAAAGCGCUGAUCCUGGACGUUAUCGCUGCGUCUCCGCCGUUACUCACGCCGCCGGCGCUUGCUGUCACUGGAGGAGGCGGCGGCAGCAGCAGCAGCGAGUCGCCGCGUUCGUCGUCUGCUCGGGAUCUACAGCAGCAGCAGCAGCAGCGGCAGCAGCAGCAACCGGACUUCGAGAAAGAGCUGGGGGGCAUCCUAGCCAAGAUGGCUGACGUAGUACUCACCGAGCACGACGCCGACAACGACGGCCUGCUGACGGAGAAGGAAUGGAAGGCCUACCUCAAGCAAGAGGAGGACUCCGUGAUCGCUUUCCUCGAUACCCUCAGUGAUAGCGUCGGAAACUUGCUCUUGCCACCCUGACAACCCCAUCUUGCUCUUGGGACUGGUUCCCUCCAAAAGUGGGAGGGCUUAGAGAAAAGUGUCGCGCUUAGACAAGAGAGGUUGCUGCUUUGCUUCCGUGGCCGACUGUGUGUGGACACCACGUCGCUGUUGUCCACAAUAGAAUCCCGUCUGACCUCCAUGCGGUGUAUGCUCUUUCGCACUCCACACGUAUGCCAGACGGCAUUACCUUGUGGACGAUGUUUUUUUUUUUGUUUUUUUUGUUCUGCCAUCAUUGGACUCUGUCGUCUGCCCCUCUGGCCCCUAUCCUCCACUUCUACUAGCUAGACGACCCAACGGGGGUCACAUAGGAGGGGGGGGCUGGACCCCCUCCUGCGGUUCCUGCCUGAGGUAAUUUUAUCGCGAGAAGGGUACAGCAAUCCCUUCCCUCGCGACUUACGAAGUCGAUUUUGGUUUACUGACGACGUGUACGCCACUGACUCGGGAUAGACCAGUUCGGGGCCGCUUGUUGUCGCUAGCUUUGAUGUGCCAGUAAGUUGUGUCUAUCAAGUCAACCGAGCCGGGGGGGCUGGCUUUACGACAACCUCUCUCCAACUUGGCCUGAUUUUGAAGCAGGUUCCCCAAAGUGAAGUGCAACCUUAAAGGAUGUUGUGGUCGUAGAUCACAGCAGUAGAUUCGUGCAUACAUAGCCAAGGUUGUAUAGAUGAAAACAUGUUGCGAAAAGAAGAGGGUGUUUUUGCCUUGGGAUACGGGGAAGCACUGCUGUAUGUGGCAGCACUUUUACAUCUCGGUGCGUACCAACAUGGCCUCGCCGUGCUUCACAAUGUAUAGACUAGAGACGGAGUUGAAGAGGGCUAGACUAGUAAUGGAUGGAUGUGCACGAAUGGUGUUUGCCUCGAAAGGAGUAGGUCUGGAUACAAAGGUGACACUACAGUGGCGAGGUCUCGACAAUAUACUACGAGUUAGGGAUAUGGACUUGUGGUGGCCGAAUGCUCAGGUAGGUUUCCUUGAGGGACGAAGUAAAGCCAACGAUGUAGAUACUGGUUAGGUGCUUCAGUUUCAAGGGGGCCAGGUUCAUAAACCUCUCGAGUAGGUUGGGGCAUGUCGAGACGAUGUUCACGAAAGCUCCGGGGGUUGGCUACGUUCUGAGAGGUCAUGCAAAUCGCGCAUGAUCUGGUUCUUCCGGCGCGGGGGGGGUGUCAGCCCAAAGAGAAGAGGGCACAACAUGCCUGCGGCCAAGGGU